CGGUACCCCGAGCCUCCGCGGGGAGGAGAUCGAGGCUCUCACACGAUGCCCGAGGGACCGCGCUGGAUGUUGUUGGGAAGCAGGUCCGGGUUGCAGGGCAGGAAUGUGCCCUUCCCCCGCAGCAAACUUUCAGUCGCUGUAACGGAAGCAGGAACUUGCUAACCACAAACCAGUCCGGCGGGUGCGGGAGCUGCCGAGCAUCCCCAGCUAUCCUCGCCUAGGACCUAGGGCGGAUUCACUGGUCUUUCCCGAGAGCGCAACGGAGCUGUUCUCGCACCUGGAGAGGCCCUGGGGUCCUCUCGCCACCAGGGAGAAAUUCUAUCAUCUGUGCAAUCUUCUCUAUGAAAACUAAGACUAGAGGGAGGAUCAUCCUUGACUUUUGAAGACCAAAGACUAAACAGAAAUUUAAAAUGUUCUUCAGGAAAGAAGGGAGCUUGACUUAUACUUUGGUAAUAAUUUGUUUCCUGAUGCUAAGGCUGUCCGCCAGUCAGAAGUGCCUCACUGAGAGUCUAGAAGAUGUUAUCAUUGACAUCCAGUCAUCUCUUUCUAAGGGAAUCAGAGGCAAUGAGCCUGUACAUAGAUUAACUCGAGAAGACUGCAUUAAUUCUUGCUGUUCUACAAAAAACAUCUCAGGGAACAAAGCAUGUAACUUGAUGAUCUUUGACACUCGAAAAACAACUGGACAACCCAACUGCUACCUAUUUUUCUGUCCCAGUGAGGAAGCCUGUCCUCUGAAACCAGCAAAAGGACUUAUGAGUUACAGGAUAAUUAGAGAUUUUCCACCUUCAACCAGAACUGAUUUGCCAAGGCAAGAGGUAGCCCAAGAAGAUUCUCUCCCCCAUGGCCAGUCUUCACAAGCUGUCACUACCCUACCACCUCGUCUGAUCGGUUAUUCAAAGGCCACUAAUAACUCACAGGGAGAUGAUUUUUCUCAGACAUUUGGAUCCUCAGAUCACUUGGGGAAACUAUCCAAGGUUGACCAAGUAAGUACCCAGGUCCAUGUUUAUAAAGAGAAAGCCCAUUCUCCAAGUUCACAGUUUUCCUCAGAAAAAGAAGUAGCUUUUCUGCUGCUUGAAAAUGUGACUACAUUCCCAGCCACAGCAGCUGUUGUUUCUCUACGUACCAUCUCUGCUCCUCCAAAGCCUGCAGUUCUUGUACCCACCAAUGUUUCAGUGAUACCCUCUGGGACUUCUCAGCCACAGCUGGCCACCACAGCUCCACCUGUUACCACUGUCACCACCCAGCCUCCCAUGGCUCUUAUUUCUACAAUAUUUACACCUCCAGCAAUGGCUACAACAACACUUCCAACUACCAUAUUUCAGGCACCUUCAGACUUGCAAGUCACCCCUGAAACAGUACCCUUCAGAGAAAUCUCCAACCAGACUUUGAACACAGAGGAUAUACAUAACCCUGCUACGCUUCCUUUGUCCAAUGUUGAGUCUUCCACCAUGAACAAAACUGCUUCCCAGGAGAAUGGGAAGCCCAGUCCAGGCAGGUCCUCACUGAGCAGCAUGCCCAAAGACCAAUAUGGCCUUCCAUUUGAAAAGUGGCUUCUCAUUGGGACCCUGGUCUUUGGUGUUCUGUUCCUGGUGAUAGGUCUUGUCCUCUUGGGUAGAAUGCUGUCAGAAUCCCUCCAUAGGAAACGUUACUCCAGACUGGACUAUUUGAUCAAUGGAAUCUAUGUGGACCUCUAAAGAUGAAACUAAACGUCUCUCAAUUCGUUUAAUAACUCGAAGCCCAGGUGCAGUGAGUCUCUGUUCACUUACGGAUCUUAGCAGGACUUUGCACUUUGAAGACAAAUAUGUCUCCUUCUACUUUCUUUUUUUUUCCUCCUUCUACUUUCUUUGUGUUUGUUUUCCGAGGACAAGGAAAAGGAACCAAAUUAGGUAAUUUAGAUGAUCUGUCUCUAAAAUAUUAGCUGAAAACAAAGCUCUACCUAAAGCAAUAAAGUGUAAUUGCCAUACAAAUCUGAAAAUUUGGCUGAAUUUAUGCAAAGAAAAAAGCCUAGGACGUCUAGGUUCCAAUUCAUUAAUAUUUUGGGUUCCAUAUAAAAUCAACUGUUUAUGAUAUUAGUUCUAAUGGAAUCACAUAAAAAGUGUGAAUUCCAAUAAAACCUUUUCCAGAUGUAUUUUCUUCCAAUUAAAGAUUUGAAUAAAUCUUUUGUUACUCGGUAAUAGUCUUGAAGGUGGCCCAUUCAGCUAGAUAAUUAUUUAUUUCCACCAGCAAAAUGAUUAAAUGAUGAGAAUAUGUGUUCCAAGUUAAAAUGACAGAUGCCCUUCUCCCCACCCCCAUUUUCCCAUCAGCGAGUAAACAGUUUCCUUUGGGAGAAUUCUAACAGAAUAUUAGUUUACAUGGAGACAGUGGUAAGUCGGUUCUAAUAAGUGGCCAAAUCCACUUUGGGUAUGUUCUAGUUAAACUUUAUUUUUUAAACAUUGUAGACAUUUUCUAAACUUGUAUUAAGACUUAUUAACAGUCCUUAUAAAUCCUUACCUAAACUUCUUAGCUAGGCCUGGUCCUGCAUGCCGGUAGUACAGCUACUCAGGAGGCUGAGGCAGGAGGAUGGCUUGAGCCCAGGAGUUUGAGGUUGCCUUGAGCUAAACUGAUGCCAUGGCACUCUGGCCUGGGCAACAGAGUGAGACCCUGUCUCAAAACAAACAAACAAACUUGAACAGCAGUUAUUUUUAGCUUUAUUUGGAACAACAUUGGAAAUGACAUACAGCACUUAGAUCAGUGUGCUAUAAUUUUUUGUUGGUUAGUUUUUGAAAUUCUAAGAAAGCCUUUUAAUAAAGAAAGUUUUCCAGACAAAUUACAAAUAGGGUAAUGAAAAGUCCAAAAGUCUGCCCAGGUCAGUUUCACACCUCACCUCUCUGGACUUACUCAUCUGGACUUAAAUUCACUUAACUGCAAAGCAAGAUGUUUGGCUCCUUCCAGGUAUCACCAGAGUUUAAAGGUAAAUAUGGAAUUCAGAUGCAAACUUUAUACAGUGAGCACUAGAGGGCAGUAGCUGGUUGGUAAGUUUACCAAUGAAGACAAACGUAGGAAAGACGUAAAUAGGCUUUUCUCCUUUCUCACCUCUGCCUCCACUCACCUCCUGCUCACCUCCUCACCCCUUCCUUCUCCCUCAGCAGCUACUCUCCUCCUCCCCCCUCCUCUCCUCACCUCUCCCUUCAUCUCCUGUCUUAACAGCUUGACACAAAUCUCCAAGGGGUUUACAUAAGCUUUAACUAGGUUGA